AUGGAGAAAAUGGUAGGAUCCAGCUUCCCAACUUUUGCUGAGGUGGUCUCUGUGGGAGAACGGAUCGAGAGCCAGAUCAAGAAGGGAAAGCUACCUUGUGCUGCUAAUGCUUCAAGUGGGAUGAAGAAACCUUAUCCUAAUCUCCCAAAGAAGCCGGAAGGUCAGACCAAUGCCAUAAUGAGAGGAGGAGGAUAUAGGGCACCUCCAUAUGCUCCUACGCCUUAUCAUCAAGUUGCCGUUGUCAUCCCGACACCAUAUCAACCACCCUAUCAACAACCAUAUCAACAACAAUAUCAACAGCUACAUCAACAACCGGCUUACCAACAACAACAUCAGAAUCAACAGCAAUGUGCUCCACAACAACGUCCACCUAACCAGCAGAGGGCAAGGAGGCCAGAAAGACAUUUCGAUCCUUUGCCAGUCAACAUACCAUUUUGUGAAGCUCUCGAGCAGAUGCAUGUUUAUGCUAAAUUUAUAAAAAAGCUCUUAUUGGGAAAAUGUAAGUUGGAGCAUGAUGAAAACAUCAAUUUGGAGGAAGAAUGCAACAUUAUCAUUCAGAGAAAGCUUCCACCGAAAUUCACUGAUCCAAGCAGGUUUACUAUUCCUUGUUCCAUUGGUUCACUAAUUAUAGACCAUGCUCAAUGUGAUUUAGGGGAUAGCAUCAAUCUGAUGUCACUAUCUACAAUGAGAAAGUUUAACUGUGGUGAACCAAAGUCAACACAAAUGACCUUAACACUAGUUGACCAUUCUAUCACAUAUUCUUGUGGAGUUCUUGAAGAUGUCCUUGUUAAGGUCGAUAGGCUAUUGUUUCUAACUGAUUUUGUAAUAUUGGACAUACCUUAG